CUACGGUCAGUAUCAUUCAUUUCGGUGGCGCAAAUUUCUCCGGUGGGUGAGGGAGAACUCAAGGACUCAGAGAGACGGCGAACGAAGGAGAAGACGAAGAGCGUGGAGAGAGUCUACCUCUCUCGACGAUGAGGAAUAAUCCUGUUCUUCCCGUUUCCGAUCCUCCUCUCGCCGGCGAUAAUGAUAGCGACGGUAAAGGUGUCGACGAUCGGCUUUUUAAAGGAUCCGCCAUGACCAAACGUGGCGCUUACGCUGCUCUUUCUUAUAUGGCCUGUGCUGUUAUGCUGGUGCUGUUCAAUAAAGCAGCGCUAUCUUCCUAUGAGUUCCCUUGUGUAAACGUUAUCACGUUAUUUCAGAUGAUUUCCUCUAGCUUGUUUCUAUAUGCCUUGAGACGCAGGAGGAUCAUCUCUUUCACAGCUGCUGAUUCUUUUUCUAUUGAUAAUGCCUCAACUUUUGUGCCAUUGAAUACAUUGUUUCACACCCUUCCUCUAGCAAUUUCCUAUCUUCUCUACAUGCUAGCUUCUAUGGCAUCUGUUAGAGGGGUAAAUGUUCCCAUGUAUACCACGCUUAGACGUACUACAGUGGCAUUUACUAUGGUGAUUGAGUACAUGCUCACAGGUCAGAGAUAUACUCGGUCUAUCAUUGGAAGUGUCGGCGUCAUCAUACUUGGUGCAUUGUUUGCUGGAGCUAGAGACUUGUCCUUUGACUUUUAUGGAUAUGGUGUUGUUUUCUUAGCUAACAUAGCAACAGCGGUAUAUCUAGCAACCAUUGCCCGGACUGGAAAGUCAAGUGGCUUGAAUAGCUUUGGCCUUAUGUGGUGCAAUGGAAUUAUAUGCGGACCUAUAUUGAUGAUCUGGACAUUUGUUUGCGGUGACUUGGAGAAGACAAUUAACUUUCCUCACCUUUUAUCUCCUGGUUUCAUGGUUGUGUUACUCUGCUCGUGCGUGCUGGCUUUCUUCUUAAACUACAGCAUUUUUCUUAACACCACUCUCAACUCGGCUCUCACACAGACAAUUUGUGGCAAUAUGAAGGAUCUAUUCACGGUUGGACUAGGCUGGAUGGUCUUUGGAGGACUCCCAUUUGACAUGAUGAAUGUGAUUGGACAGCUUCUUGGUUUCUUUGGGUCUGGUUUAUAUGCAUAUUAUAAGAUCAUCGGGAGGUAACAACUCCAAAACAAAUAAAGUCCAAUAAAGAAAAUGAGUGGCCUAGUGAUCAUAAAGGCUACUUAGUUUAAGGAAAAGAUGUUGACCAGUAAUGUUCAAGUGGAGGGUGAUAUAGUGGUAUUUGGAGGUGACUUUAGAGUAGUAUUAAUAAAGAGAGGCCUAAUUUUUUGAACUUGUGUCUUGUUCUUCUUCAGUUUUCAACAAGGCGAAACAUAAUUGAAUUGUAGACAAAACUGAUUUUUGUACUUUUGGGGUUAUAUAUAUACUCAGAUUAAACUACUGCUUCUUUUC